AUGUCAGACAUUGCUAAAGACAGAAUGGCUCCUUCACCAAAGAAAGGCGGGAGCAUGUCUUCUGUAAGUAGUCAUGACUUCCGGCAGAAGGAACUUCGUGGGCGCAUCAAAGACUGUGAGAGUACUGUGUCUUACAUGGAUGAACCUGGCCAGCGUGAUGUUGCCUCUCGCCUUACAGCUCAGAUGGAAAACACCUAUCAGCUGGGUCCUUCCAAACAUUUUCCCGUGGUUACUGUCAAUCAUAUUCUGAGAGAUGUGCUAACUAACUAUCUACAGGAGGAACAAUAUGAACCCGAGCUCUGUAGACAGCUGACUAAAACGAUUUCUGAGGUUAUUAAAGCCCAGGUCAAGGACCUGAUGAUGCCACGGUAUAAGCUCAUUGUGAUUGUUCACAUCGGACAGCAGAAUGGUCAGAGCAUACUGGUCGGAAGUAGAUGCCUGUGGAAUCCUAAAAGUGAUAACUUUUCAUCUUACGUCUUUAGAAACUCUUCACUCUUUGCUCUUGCAAAUGUCUAUGCUGUUUACUUUGAGUGA